AUGUUUAAUGAAGGUAGUAAUAGUAGAAGAAUUAACUUGAGUGGAAAAAAGCAUGUUAUACUGAAUAAGGACUCGUUUAUUGAAAAAGCUAAAAGGGAGAAAGAAAUUUGUCUUACAUUAACGAAAAGAAAAAAUGCUUUUAAAAUUAUAAGUAAUUAUAUUUGUUUUAAAAAAUGUAUUGAGAGUAGAAGAGAAGAAAUAAAUAAUAUUCUUCCUAAAAGAAUAAAUGAUAUAAUAUUAUUAGAGAAAAUAGUAUCACCUGCUAUUUAUAGGAAAGCACUGAGGAUAUGUUUACAUGAAUUUUCAGUUCAGUCAACUUUUCUUUUUUCAAAAAAGGAUUGUUAUAAACAUUACAAGGGUAUGAAAUUUGAAAAUACGAUAUACCCACCAAUAAAAUGUUUACUCGAUGUAAUAAAGUUAUAUAACAAAAUAGAUCGUUUAGAGGAGGAUGAAGAUGGUAACAUAACCAAGGAUGGUACUGCUACUAGCAGUUUCGACGCAAAGGACAGUGGUGAAAGUAUAUUACGGAGUGAUAACCAGAUAAGCUGUACACAGGAUAAAACAAUUUUUCAUGAUCGUCCACAUGUUGAUAAGGAAAAAUUAGGAAGCAGUAUCGAAGUAGUAAAAAACAAAUUUUAUUACAGACACAAGAAAGAAUUGAAAAUAUUGACAAAUCAUUUAGACAUUUUGUUAGGAAAUUAUUAUGUAUAUAAUGUGAACAUAUAUAGAGAAUACCAUGAAGGGGUAAGGAGGGAGGAGGAAGACUAUUAUAAGUCUAGUAGUGUAAAUAGUAGUGGUAGAAGAGGCGUACAAUUCGAAAAAAGUACGGACGAACUGAGCAGUAGUAUGCUACACUUGUAUUAUUUGUAUAAUUUUAUUUUGAAUAAUUUGUUCAUUGAAGAGUUGGAGGUGAAAAUAAGGCAUUACGAGAAUAACAGAAAUGGGGAAAACUGCAAAUAUGACGAAAAUUGCAAAUAUGACGAAAACUGCAAAAAUUGCAAUUACAAAUUAGCCGCGUCGCUCAAGAAAAUUAGUGAUUACAUAAUUUUAACUAUGAAUGGACUGACUACCAUCAUAAAGAAAAUACUUCAAUCAUAUGGGGAUAAAAACGUUGACAUGCAUUAUGCAUCAUCAAAGUUAAUAAUGUAUGUCUGUGAUAUGAUAUAUGUAUAUUUUUAUAUAUUAAAAAUAAAGGGAAAAGAUUUAAAGAGUGGUCAGGUAACAGAGCUGAAGCAGAAAAUUAACGUGCUACUAAAUUUUGUGCUUGUUCAUGUGGGGCAAACGAUGGGCCACACCAACGGAAGUGAAUACGACAAUAAAAAAGACAACAAAAGCGAUAACAAAAGCGAUAACAAAAGCGAUAACAAAAGCGAUAACAAAAGCGAUAACAAAAGCGAUAACAAAAGCGAUAACAAAAGCAAUAACAAAAGCGAUAACAAAAACGAUAACAAAAGCGAUAACAAAAGCGAUAACAAAAACGAUAACAAAAGCGAUAACAAAAACGAUAACAAAAACGAUAACAAAAACGAUAACAAAAACAAUAACGAUAGUAAUAGUAAUUAUAAUAAUAAUUACUACCAUGGAAGUUCUUUCCAUGGUAGUUUCUUUCAUCGCAGUUCUCGCCGUCGCAGUUGUGCUGGCAAUAACUACCAUCUUUUUAUUUCUUUCUUUAAAUAUAAUAUUUUCGAAUUAUUCACAAGUACCGUCGAUGUAAAGGAUGAAUUGAAACUACUGAAAAGGAUACUACUAAUAAUAAUUAACAAUACCUACAAAGAUGUGGAUGCAAUGAGAAAGUAUGUGUACAACUGUGACAACAAUACAAUUAACUCUAUUCAUAACAAAUCCUAUAUAUAUAAUCAACAUUCAUUUGAUUCAUAUCAUAUUUCUGGAAUCAAUUUAUUUAAAAAUCUACUAUUAUUUGCUCAGUGCAAUAGGAAAUUCUUAGACCAUAAUAUUUUUGAUUUACUUCUAGAGGCAUAUUUAUUUUUGCCCCUUAAGUAUCAUCCGUAUAUUUACCAGGUCACUGUAAUUGAAGGUAACAAAGAGAAAUGGUUGGGAUUAGCUGGAAAUAAUCUGAUCAACGAUUCUACAAAAUUCAAGAAUAAUGUGAAUGGAAAUCAAAGGGGUAGAGAAGCGUCAUUACUUGAGGAACCUUCACCAGAGCUGAAGGCGGAAUGGGAAAGGCCGCAGGAGGAGGAACCGAAUAAGUCGUUGCAAUCGAGUCCGGGCGAAAAUAAAAAUACUUUUAGCACUUAUCAAGCAUAUAUGAAGAAAUUACAAAUGGGUUAUUAUUAUAGCAAGGAUAUAAUCGAUUCGCUGCUGUACAUAUGCAGUAAGUGUGGUUUUAUCAAAUUAGACACCUUGCUUUUUGUUUUGCUUCCUUUUAGAAGCUUACAUAUAAAUAUAUAUAAAACAUAUAAAAAUUACUACGACUAUAUUAAAAAUGUGAGCAGCAGUGCUGAGGAGGUAAUAAAUGGAAAGUAUGACAGUGUAAGCAGUAGAAAAAAGGAAGAACUACGCGGGUAUCUUGGAUCCAAGGGUAACCACGAGAAGGAGCGCAUCAUAAACAGGGCUGGAGGCCAUGGUAAUAGCCGCCAUGGUAGUAGCUUCCACGAUGGUAGCCUUCACGGCAGUAGCGGCCAUAAUACGAACCACCGUAGUAGCAGCAGUCAUUAUAAGCAUGUUUUAAAUUUUUCGAAGGGAGCGCAGGAGAAGGACCCCAUUGGGGGAAUGGCUUUGCAAAGAGUCCAGAGAAAUUGCCUUUUUAGCUUAAACAACUUAGUAAGUGUAAAAGAAGAAAAGGAAAAAGGAUAUGAUAUGAUAAACAAUGACAUAUUAUUGAGGGUGAAAAAAAUAUUGGUAAUGCAUCAUAUCCCUAUUUAUUUAAUAAAAAUAAUAUAUCUCUUUUGGUUUUACACAUGUAAAUGCAACGAUACCAUGUUUUUUAAAAAUUUGGUGUUUUUUCCAUAUUUUGACAAUACAGCUUUAUCUAUUUAUGUUUCUUCCUUUUGUUUUCUUUUUCAUUAUUAUAUUAUAAUUAAUAUGUACAAUAAACUAAUUGACAUAAAGAGUUACAGACUUAGUAAUCAUUUUAUGAAGCAUGCAUGUUUUAAAAAGGUAUGCAGUCUCUUAGUGUUAUCCUUGUGUGUUAUUUUAAAGGUGUCAAUAAAUGCAAUUAAUUUUGAAAUAAUGUAUAGAUUAUCAGAUGAAGGAAGAAAAAGGAUAGAGGAACUCAUCGAAGGCAUUGCGGAUGAGGAUAUAUAUAAUGAUGAGGAUGAGGAGUACGAAAAGGAGUUUAACAGAAAAGAGGAAGACGAUGUACUAUACGGGGGAGAUGUAAUACACGUGGAAGAUAUGGAAAAAAUAAAAGGAAAAAAGGGACAAAAUGAGGAUAUUUUCUAUGGAGAGAAAAACCGGUUUAACGACACCCUCAUAUUGAAUUUUCAAAUAUUGCAUGUAUCUUUGGGGGAUGAAGAAAAGGUCGAAGAUGAUAAAUGCAGAUGUGGCAAAAGUUUUGUGAGAAAGGAGGUAGAAGAAGGGACAAGUAAAAAUGAAGUUCAGACGGAGCAUAAAAAAAAAAAAAUUUAUGAAAAUUUUGGUAAAAAUGUGGUACAAGAAGAGGUAAAGAAUGAAGGUGUAGAUUAUACGAGAAGUCUAGGUGCCAACAUUGUGUUAGGUAACGAUGAUGAUGAUUCGUUUGAUAUGUAUGUUAGUAGUCUCCCCCAAUGUGACUUGUUAAAAAUACUGGAGUCGUUAGAUAGAUUAAGGAAGUAUGAAUGCACUUGCAAUGAAAGGGAUUGCUACUGUUAUGUUAGUGGUAGUGAUGGUGGUGAUGACAGUGGCUAUGGAUGGGGAAGACUAUGCACAGACUGCAGUAUGAGGGAGUUCAUACGGAGGAGUAGUAGAAACAGUAAAUGCGUUAAUUAUGCGAAUGAUGGUAUUAACAGCAGCAUUGUAGGAAGCGGGUAUGGCUGUGGUAGUAUUAGCGGAAGUGGUAAGGGAAGCGCUUUGGGGUCUCAAGGGAGAAACGUUGAGGACUCGUCAUACACGUCAACGAUGAUCACGUACUAUCUGUACAAGAGUGAUAGGAAGGGGCUGAGCUACAUUUUGCCGCUGUUGUUGAAAAAGCUAUACAAGAUAAAUAGCUAUAUAGAUUUGUUUGAAGAAGAUUUUUUCGUUAUAAAGGAAACAUUUAAUUUAUUAAAAAACCGCUUCAACAUUUUAGGUGAGUGUAAUAACUUAAAUUACAAUAGUAGUAGUUAUAAUGAAGAAUCCCAUUUAUUUAUAGAAAAGAAUGAUAUAUAUUUAAAUAAUAAUAUAAAGCAUGUGAAUGUUUUGGCAAAUUAUUUAUUGCGACAUGCACCUUUUACCUUACCAUUUAGUGAUAGAAUACUUUUAUUUUAUCAUUUCCGUAAUAAGAGUAAAGAGAAUAUAAGAGACGAUCAACGUUUUAAUUUUAUAGAGGCAAAACAUCAUUUAAUAAGACGAGGAAAUAUUAUGGAAGAUGCUUUUAUAAUACUACAUAAACUCGAUUCAACACAAUUAAAACAAAAUAUUAGAAUAGCUUUUAUUGAUAAAAAUGGUAAUGAAGAAACAGGAAUAGAUGGAGGUGGAUUAUUCAAAGAAUUUAUUAUUUUAUUAUGUAGGGAAAUAUUUCAUCCUAAUUUUAUUUUAUUCCAAAAUUUGCAAAAAAAUAAUACAUUAUUUCCAAAAACUUAUGAACAGAACGACAACUUAACUUUGUAUGAGUUUGCUGGUAGAGUAGUAGGCAAAGCUAUAUAUGAAAGAAUAUUAAUAGAAACCAUUUUUAAUAAUGUCUUUUUAAAUCUAUUACUUUUUGACGAUAUUGAUAUAAAUGAUAUAUUCUUUAUUGAUGAAAAUAUCUUUAAUAGUUUAUUAUAUAUUCAGAAUACUAAUAAUGUCGAAAAUUUAUCUUUAACCUUUUGUACCUAUGAGAAAAAAAGCCCUGAUGUAGGUACUAUAAAGCAGUAUGAAGACAUAAAGAAUUUUUUCUAUAUUUUAAGCAAAAAUGUUUUGAAUAAUACUUUUCCUAAUAAUACUUCUGGAAUAGUUGGUACCUCUAGUACUAGCAGAAGUGAUAUGGAGCCCUUUUUUUUCCCACAAAGUGGACCUUAUCCUCAUGGGAACAUAAACAAUUUCUUCAGCAUCAUCGAUAACUUAGAUGCCCUCAUAAAUACUUUGGAUAGGAAUUUGUCCUCUAUUUCAAGAAACGUUAUGCAGAUGGGUCGUUUGAGCAGGAAUACCGAUUUGAGCGACCAUAGCAGUUUUGACAAUUUUGGCAGUUUUAACGGUCCUAGGGGCCAUAGUGCCAUCCAUAGAGUGGAUAUAACGAGAAAUGACGUAAGUAGUAAUGUACCUUUGUCUGUAGGUAGGGAAGACGAGAGGGUUUCAUACAGCCAGUCCAGUCUGAACGGUAGAGUUGAUCCUGUUUCGAGUGAAAAUGUGGAAAACCAAAGUAGCGAAAACGAAAAUACAAAUGAUCAAUUUUUACAGAAGGAGGACUUUGAAUGUAUUGAACUAAUUCCAAAUGGUCGAAAUAUAAUAGUGAAUGAUGAAAAUAAAAAAUUAUAUAUAAAAUUAUAUAUUAAUUAUAAAUAUAAUAAAUUAAUAAAGAAAAAAACGGAGUAUUUUUUAAAAGGUUUAUCACAAUUAAUACCAACGAAAUGGCUUAAACUUUUUAAUGCUCAAGAGUUGAAGACACUAAUUUCUGGUAAUGAUAAAUGUUUUGAUGUAGAUGAUUUAAGAAAGAAUGUUGUUUAUGGUGGUGGGUACAGUGAGACUAGUAGAACAGUUAUUAAUUUAUUUGAAAUAUUAAAAAGGUUUACACCAAAAGAGAAGAGUCUUUUUCUUAUGUUUGUAACAAGUUGUUCAAGAUCUCCUCUACUAGGUUUUCAAGAAUUAUAUCCAAAAUUUUGUAUUUACAGAGUAGUAGAUUAUACUAGACUACCCACUGCAUCAACAUGUGUCAAUUUGUUGAAACUGCCUGAUUAUUCAUCAUGCGAAGUUUUGUAUAAAAAUUUGGUAACGGCAAUAAAUGGUACGCAGGGCUUUGACUUGAGCUAA